AGGACACGUAUACUACUAUGUUGGGCUAGUCUACUAACACACCUACUUGAGGCACUCCAAGUACGGAAUGAAGGCCACUCAAGGUCUCUGAAACGAAAAGGCGGGGGUUUCGAUUGCGAGUUGACCUUCAUCGCGUGACCUUUUCUCGCCCAUCGCCAUCCAACCCUCUUCACAUUAGCAACAUAAUUUCUCACUCCUGGGCUCAAAACCUCAUACUUUGGUUCCUUGUUGAAUACCUAAUAACAUAAGCUGAUUCUGCUUACAGUGAAAUGCUCUCUAAAACGCUUUUGAAGAGCUUCCGUAAAACACUUCUGUUUCUCAGGAGGAAUGCAACUACAAGUGAAUCUGAGAAACUCAAGGAAAGCACAUGUUCACAUUCCAGUUAUAUCGGAAAUCCCUUAAAUUGUCCUGAUUAUUUUGGUCUUAAAAGCUUAGUUAGCAUAACGGAUUUGUUCCAAGCUCGUGUUCAUUUGGGUCACCGAUCGGUGUUGCGCAAUGAAUACAUGAAGCCAUAUAUAUACGGUUGUAGACAGGGAAUAGAUAUAAUCGAUAUAGAGCAAACAUGUUCCUUGUUGUUUGAUGCACUAAAUUUUGCUGCUCACAUUUCUUACCGUCAAGGAAUAAUCCUUUUCAUGUACCAAAAUAAACAAAUGUUGCCUUUAGUUGAAAGAACUGCUGAAACUGUCGGUGAGUACUCUUAUUGCCGCAAAUGGGAAGGUGGAGUAUUUACAAAUGCAUCGGAUGUUUUUUACGAUUCUGUGAGACUACCUGACCUAGUUCUUUUUCUCAGUACCUGUAAUUCAAUCUCCAGACCACACUCUGCUGUACGAGAUGCGGCAAAGAUGCUCAUCCCCACUAUUGGUGUAGUUGAUACAAAUUCAGACCCCAGAUUAAUUAGCUAUCCUGUUCCUGGUAACGAUGAUAGCCCUACAUCUGUACGUCUGUUUUGUGCAUUAUUUGCUGAAGCUAUUACAAGAGGCAAGAAAACCGCCUCCCGAGAUCAAAUGUUGAAGCAGCAGCUAAGUCAUCAGUCCGAGUCAUCUGAAAGCGUGGGAACAACAUCGGCAAUCACCUAGUAAUAAUUUACCAACUGCUCUGUGAACUUAUAUAUACAUAUACAUCCGAUUUUAUUUCUGUUCUUUCAAUUUACUGCAGAAUCAACCGUUAAUUGUAGGUAGUUUCGUCGAAAUCAAAGCUAAUCUUUUAUCAAAUAGAAAGGAG